AUGAAAAAAUGGAAUCAAAAGCUUCCAACAUUGAAUUUUAUUGACUCUAAAAAUAGAGAAUAUAUUAAUGCUGUUUCUAAAUUUUAUAGAAAUUCCAAAAAUCUUUUUAAUCGUCCUGAGCAGCGUGAGAUGUCUUUUCUUGGCCGUCAGACAAAAGUUCAGGUAAAUAAAAAUAUUUUUGUGCUUUUCUAUUACGCAUUUAUGAGGAAUAACUGUUUGAAAAAUUCGGCCAUUUUUAUCCUUCCCUAUAAAUUUUAUCGGUUUCCAUUUUGGGAGUUUUCCCCCUCUUUAUUUAUACGGGAAAGAUUUUUGUUGUAUUUCAUUUUUUUUCCUAUACCCCCGGAAAUUUUAUCUUCAAAUUUUUAUCCUUUUUUAAAUUAA